UCUUAGGCCAUUUUGUAUCUGAAGAUAUUUGCUUAUGCAGUCCCCACCCACAUUUCUACUUCAAAAAGCCCCCAAGAGAAGCACAGUAACAUCUUUCACCAGUAUCUCUCUCUCGUCUCGGAACUUUCUAGACGCCGACCGCUACCCAUGUCCACCGCCACCUCCGACACCACUCUCCAAACCCCAAUCCUCGAUUCAGAAUUCUCCUCCCUCCUGCAGCGAAUAGCAGAAGAGGGCGGCUACGCCUUCGCCUCCAUGGUCGCUCGGGCGGCCGCCGGCGACACCCGCGCGGCGGAGGCCGCCCGGGAGAUGGCCUGGGAGCAACUCCAUUCCGGCCCCUGGAACUCAGUCGUCCCAAUUUGGAGGGACGCCUACGCAAUGGCCUGCCUCCACGUGGCCAAGCACCAUUAUUCGUCCGGGGAGCUGACGCUAGCCCUCAAGUCGCUCGAUUUGGGCCUCAUCAUGGGCGGAUUGACCCUCAGAGACGACUUGAAUUCGUGCAUUGGGAAGGUCAGUGCUGUGUUGAGGAGAAAGGAGCUUAGUGAUAAUGGCGGAGGGUUGCAGAAGGGUGAGUGGUAUAGGGAUUUCAACUUGGCAGAGAGAAGAGUACGCCUUCUGAAAGAUGGAGUACAACCAUUUGAUGCGGAUUGCGCUGCUCAAGCGUACGAUAGCAGCACGUUCUACUUUACCAAAAGUUUUGAAAAAGUAGUCUCCUUUCUGGAGCUGUUGGAUAUUCUGGGCAAGAUGAAAGAACUUGACCAGUCACUAGUGGUUAAGUUGUUACCUGUGAAGUCGCUUUCCUCUGAGACAGUGCGGAAAAGACGUGGUCUGUCUUUGGAAGGAUUCAUGCUGGAUCAUUUUAUUCCCGGUUCCCCAGUGAUAAUUAGUGACUCUAUGAAUUAUUGGCCAGCCAAGAGUAGAUGGAGUGACAUGAAUUACCUUAAAAAUGUUGCAGGCUUUCGUACAGUUCCAGUUGAGAUACAAGAACUAAAGCGGGAUAUUGUUACACCUGACUACUGUUUUGCUGGUGGUGGGGAUAUGAGGUCGAUUAAUGCCUGGUUUGGUCCAUCUGGAACAGUUACCCCAUUGCAUCACGAUCCUCAUCAUAAUAUCCUUGCUCAGGUUGUGGGCAAAAAGUACAUUAGGCUUUAUCCUGCUUCAUUGUCAGACGAGGUCUACCCUCAUGCUGAGUCGAUGCUAAGCAAUUCCAGUCAGGUUGAUCUAGAUAACAUAGACGAGAAAGAGUUUCCAAGAAUAUUGGACUUGGAGUUUGUGGAUUGCAUACUAGAGGAAGGUGAAAUGCUAUACAUCCCUCCAAAGUGGUGGCAUUAUGUGAGGUCUCUCACUCCUAGUUUUUCGGUUAGCUUUUGGUGGAGCCAUGAAGGGAACUCAUCAGAUACCUAAUUUUUUUUUUUUUAGUGUGUAAUCUGUCCCCCUCUAAUUCGUCUCUCAUAUUUUGGUUCGAAACUAAGUUGUUGAACAUUUUGGGUAGACACAUUCCUAAUAUGUACUUGCUGUAGGGCAGUUCUUCUAAAUCGAGACAAUAGAGUAGUUUCACAAAUAAUGAUGUGUUCCUUUGGAUUGUAAGCAAGUAUCUUCCUAGGUAACUUUGCCACUGCAAUUUAUGUGAUCUUUUUU